AAACUACCAUCCCUACCAUGCGUUGACGAAAUACAACGAACGAGGUUCGCCUUCGAGAACAGGCAAUUGACCGAAAGUGCAACGAGCGAGUUACUACUAUACAGCGUCCUCCACGAAACCAAAAGAGGUCAAGAACGGGAAAAGUUGAAAGAAGAAAGGAAAGAAGGUUGAAGAAAGGAUUGUCCUUUCUAAGGAAGGUGAUUGUAACAUCGAAAUUGAAAUUUUCGAUACUGGAUUCCGCUUGUCGACAGGUGAUCGCGCAUGAUCGACGGGACGUCUGCGCAGACUAAACGAAACAAAUGGCGGGGUUUCCUCUGCCAUCAGAUAUCCGGGUACCACUGAAACUCUACUGGCCGAUCUCUUCUCGGUUGAAUUGUCAACUUGUACGAAGCGUUGAACAUUCAGAAACGUACAAUGCUUUUCUACAACCCUGUGUGUACUAAUUCACAGCAAAUCCGUGUACUAGACUGUAAGAUCUUUGAUUGACAAUAGGUCUGUGUGCUACGAACAACUGUCCAAACGUCGUGUAGUGGUGGUAGUGUGUACGUCGUAGUACGAUGUUGCCUGGACAGAAAAAAACGCGCGUUUGCUUGUCGCUGCAGCAGCGGGCUGACAUCUUGCGGCAAUUGGAAGAUGGCGUUUCGAUGAGCCAAUUGAUGAAAGACUAUGGAAUCAGCGAUGCAACCGUUCGACGUAUCAAGAGCCACGCAGUGCAGAUACGGAGACAAUCGCACACGCGACGGUUUAAAGAUAAAAAGAGGUUUGGAAAGCCUAUUCUUGGAGAUGUGGAUACUCGCCUGUACGAAUGGUACCAAGAGCAACAAGCAGCUGAUGAUUACGUCUCCAACACUAUGCUUAAACAGAAGGCGAUAGAACUGAACAAAGAGUUUGGCGGACCAUCGUCUUUCACGGCAUCCCAAGGCUGGCUAUGGCGGUUUAAAAUCCGCCAUGGCAUUGGCUGUUACGAAUUUACCGAUGAUGUCGCUGACGUCGACACCAGAGUGACGGAAAAUAUUACGUAUUGCUUUCUACAGCGUCUCAAGGAUGAAGGCAUAGAGCUACAGAACGUCUACAGCAUGGACGAAAUGGGCCUGGCGUGGAAGGCUCUUCCCCGAAAAAUACUAACCGACCCCCUGGCGAGAAGAGUUUACGGAAAGAGAACUAAUAAGAAUCGAGUCACCGUGGGAUUAUGCUCGAAUGCCAUUGGAACCCACAAGCUUCCUCCGCUCUUUAUCCACAGGUGUCACACGCCAAUAGCCCUCAAGCAUUGCAUGAACUAUUUGCCAGUUGUUUUCAAGGCAGCCAAAAAUGCUUGGAUCGACCAGAACGUGUUCGCCGACUGGCUAGAAUCGCACUUCAAACCAGCCGUCAAGAAACAUCAGUUCGACACUGGUUCACAAGGGAAGGUGCUGCUACUGUUAGACAAGUGCAGAGCUCAUACGUUGCCACCGCAAACGCUAAUGGAAGACGAUAACGUCAAAGUUGCAUACCUUCCCAAGGUCUCGUCGUCUAUGCAUCCAAUGCAACAGGGGAUAGUGAAGAGUGUAAAGGUGUCCUACCGACUUCGCGUACUUAGACGAAUCUUAAACUUUCCAGGCGGAGUGGCGCCAUUUUAUGCGGAUUACGACGUGAAAGAUUGCAUCGAUUUGGUGAACGAAUCUUGGACAGACGUUACACAGGCUGACAUCUGCAAUUCAUGGAAAAAAUUAGUGGGAUCGGGUCCAACGUUGAAAGAAAAGUCGGGAGUAGGUCAGAACAAGGAACACCUUUGCGAUAGGUCGGACAUUACCGCGAUUAAAGACACAAUAAAGACCAUUGUGAAUGAGGCUGUUUCUGACAAGGAUGCUGAAAAGUGGCUCUCGCUGUGCGAGAAAGUCGAGCGUGAUCCAGAUGACGUUCAACUUGAAGAGGAAGAAUUCCUAGAUGAAAGAACAACUCUGCAUCGUGACGAGGAUGAAAUUGAUCGGACGAUUGCUAAGUUAACUCUGUGGUCUGAAAGACAGUCUGACAUUAUUAAAUUGCACGCGCGUCUAUUGAAAGAUUAUUUUGAUUUGGUACAACGAUAACGUGAUUACAAUAUAUUAGUACAAAUUACUUUUUACUGAUAGGAAUUGCGAUAGAAUAAGAACAAGCGAAAUGUAUGUACACGGUUAGAGUCUUUGACAGUAAUACUACAAUUAAAUUAUUUCACGGGUUUUCUUACUUUUAUAUCUAAUUUUCAAGUGAAUGUAAACCGUAAUAUUUCUUCGUUUGGAAAUAAAUUUAUUCUGUAAUAAACA